UGUAACUCCACUCAGGAAAUGACUAUGAUAGUGGAAAGCGGUGGUUAUUCUUUUCUGCAGAAUAUGAGGGAGGUGGUGAUGAAGAUGGUGAUGAUGAAGAUGGCUGCUGUCUCUAUGAUCACACUGCUCCUAAUCUGUUGCUCUGGUGUCUCCUCCACAGGUUCAAAGGAUGGUUGUGACAACUCCAUUGUGCGAGGAGGGGACUUUACUGUUGUUCAGACACAUCCACUGCAAGACAAUGAUGACUUGAGAUGGUUCCACAACAACACAAGAAUCUUCCGUCGGAAGGGAACCAAUUGCUACGAAUUUUGUAGUGUGAAAGUCGAUCAGAAGGGAUCCCUGAUACUGAAGAAGGUGGAGACACAUCAUGCUGGACGAUACAACUCAAUGGUUUAUACCAAUGGAGUACUUCAGAAACCACACACCACCACGUUAUGUGUACUAGACAGAGUCCCAAAGCCUGAAGUGAAUGUUGAGUGUGCAACAGACUCUAUCACAUUCAUGUGCGUCAGUACUCAGCAGGACCAGGGUGUCACCUACCAGUGGCUUCAAAAUGACAAAGGGUUGAAGGAGACCUCUCAAACUCUGAAGUGGAAGAACAAACAAGCAACAGAUUCCUUCAAAUGCAAGUUGUCCAACCCUGUCAGCCACGAAAUCAGUGCACCUGUUACGCCAAACUGCAUCAAGUCUGUGUUCCCUAAAACAUUGUUUGGCCUCAGUUUCUGGAUCAUGGUGGGCAUCCUGGCUGGUGGAACAGCUGUCGUUUUGGUGUUAAUUAUCAUCAUCAUUGUUUGCUGCAACCGGGCCAAACGGAAAAGGCAAAUGCAAGUGAAAGAAGAGGAAGAGCUUCGUUUGGGUUGGACCCAACAACACCAGCAUCAUCAUCAACAUCAUCAUCAUCAACAUCAACAUCAACACAAUCAUCCUUCACAUCAUCAGCACCAGCAGCAGCCGGCCAACCAGACUGGUCCUCGGCAGCACCGCUCUAAAAGACCAUCUGAUGCACAGUGUCUGAAAGUGCCAGAGUCCCAGAACCCAAAGCCCAGCCCCAGAAACACUUUGCAGAGACCCACUCCAGUUGCUAAUGAUGAAGAACAUCCGCCUCCUCUUCCUCAGCCUAGGAAGAAAGCCACAAGGACACCAAGAGUGUAACAGCAUGCAAAUUUUGGAUUUUACAAAACACAAACAAUGUUGAUGGAGGGUUUUUUGUUUGUUUUGGGGUUUUUUUGCUUUUAACUCAUCAUCUCUUUUCCUUAUGUUUUUCUUGAUUGCCUUAAGUCUCUUUCUUCUGUAAUGAUCCCUACAUUCUGCUAAUGAAGAUUUAUUUGUCAAAAUUCAUAUAGGAACAAACCUCAGUCCCGUAUCUUCACAAUCCUACCUGAAUUAGGAGCUGUGUCAGACAGGCAGCUGACCCCUGACCCCUCAGCAACAGGCCCACUGCAUGUCUGUCAGUGUGUGGCAGUUUGGAAAAUGUGCACGAUUAAAUUUCACUCCCAAAGGUGAUGACAGAGGCAUUUAGCUCAAAGUAGCUUUACAUGUUAUUUAAGUUGUACAAUUAAUUCAUAGCAACAGUGCAGCAAAAAUGCGGUGUGGGUUGGUGAGUGGAUGAGUCCAUCCCGGCCACCCCGUGUUAUUAUUUCAAUAAAUAAAUCAAUGUUGUCAUUUAUAUCUCACCAAAUUAAUAGUGCACGACAAGGAUGAAGUGAUUAAACAGUAAUUAAUGUUGAUGCACCAGAUCAGUCAAAAAAGCAAUUAGUACUUUGAAUGUACACUUGCUGAAGCCUGCCACCUGGUGGACAAAUCAGGAAUGUGCAUUCAUAUUAUGUUUGAAUUGCCAGCUGCUGGAUGUUUAAGUAGUAUGCAUUCAAGCCAAGUGAUGAAUUUUACGUUAUUAAAAGGCUACGGUCAGAGCAGGGUCUGCAUGUGCACUUGUAUGUACAUAUGUUCCUUGUUAAGUUAAUGAUGUCACGCAAUGGCGACAUUCAGUACGGGUCCACGUUAUUAUUGCCUUGUGAUUAUUGCUUUAUUUUUGCCACGUCACAUUGUUAUUUGUUAUGUGUUAAUAUCUAUAAAUUGCUGUUUAUUAAUAAGCAGUUUGUAAUGACUAAAAUAAUACGUCUGCAGUUUGCAAUAAAUAAAGACA